AUGGCAGCACAGGGGCUUGUGGUAGCAUCACUUCUAAUUUUCUGUUUAGCUGGAAGUUGCUAUGGGAAGGUUCAGUUUUCUUCCCUGAAAAGAACUCUUGAUGUCACGGCUUCCCCCAAACAGGGACAAGUUCUGGAGGCUGGAGUAGACAAAAUCGCUGUGACAUGGGCUCUGAACAAGACCUUACCAUCUGGGACAGACUCUGCCUACAAAACCAUAAAGCUGAAGCUGUGCUACGCGCCCAUUAGCCAAAAGGACCGCGCGUGGAGAAAGACCGAGGACGACCUCUCCAGGGACAAGACAUGCCAGCACGAUAUCGUGGCCAAACCCUACGACGCUUCCAACCACACCGUGCAGAGGUUCGAGUGGCCGAUCGAGCGCGACGUGCCCAAAGCCACGUACUUCGUACGCGCCUACGCAUUUGACUUCAACAACGAGGAAGUGGCUUACGGGCAGACCACGGACACGAAGAAGAGCAGCAACUUGUUUGACAUCAACUCAAUCAGCGGGCGCCACAUGUCCCUUGAUAUCUGCUCAAUUUGCUUCAGUGCUUUCUCCGUGGUCGCCCUCUUUGUGUUCUUCUAUAUUGAGAAGCAAAAGACAAAGGCUUCUUCCUCAAAGUGA